CAAUUGAAAAAAAAAAAAAAAAAAAAAUUAGGGUUGGCCCUUGAUUUGAUACUCUCUAAGUUUCUUAUACCCUUCAAGGAAAUAAACAUUGUGUCUUGGACGCUACUUCAACAUAAAACCGACUCUUGCAAGGACGUCUGAGUUGGUAGAUUCUCCGAUGAAAUCUGAUUCCAGUCCCGCUCGCAAUUUUUUUUUUUUUUUUCUAAUAUUUUAAAUUUUAAAUUUUUUAUUUUGUAUUUUUAAUUAAUAUAUGGACACGUGUCGAUUUUUUAAGGUGUUGACGUGGCUUCCCGUCAAAUUUUGGACGGAAUUUAGACGGAGGUACCAUUUUCGUUUUUUACCAUUACUCAGGUAGCAUUUGUGAUACGAAUUGAAACCGAUGGGGCAAAAAAUAAUGUUGUUAAAUCACAGGGGGCUGAAAGGUAUUUAACCUUUAUAACUUUUACUUUGGUUUCGGAACUCUAGUUUGGUAUCACUUCAGUUUGAUGGCCACUACUUUUUGGCAAGCUCCAUGGAUGGAUCGAUUUACACUUUAGCUCCAACCUGAAGAUUGAGAUCUCUAACCAAACAUGGAGUUCCUGGACGAAGAGAGCAGGCCCAGGUUCCUCUUCCAGUCUCGCCCAACCACUUCUUCGCUGACCAAUUCACAAAGCCACCAAAAACCAAGUAAGCCAUUCCUCUUCGCCACAAUUUCUAUCUCCUCCAUUCUCCUCCUCCUCUCCCUACUUUUCCUCCAAUCUGAACCCUUGAAAUCCCUCCUCUUCUGGGUCUCCCUCUCCCUCUUCCUUGGUCCAUUCGCCCCCCCUUCUCUCACCGGUGGUGACGUCCGUGUCGGUCAAGGCCCAAUCGUCGAGUUCCCUCCCAAUCAAGAACCCGAAACAUUGGACGAAACCAACAAGCGGGUAUCCCAGAAGAGACAGAAACCGCGUAGAAAUGAAGGAUUUUUGGGCGUGAAUUCGUUGGUUGUGGUCGAAAAGGAUAAUGGAUUUGCGAGAGAAGAGAAGGAGGGUGGGGAAAAUGGAGGGAGUGGAGGUGGGUUAGGUGUGGAGGAAGAGAAGGAGUGGACUGAGGAGGAUAUUGGGGUGUUGAGGAAGCAAUUGAUUAAGCAUCCGGUGGGGAAGCCAGGGCGGUGGGAGGCGAUAUCGGAGGCGUUUAGAGGGAGGCAUAAGGUGGAGAGUGUGAUCAAGACGGCGAAAGAGUUGGGGGAGAGGAAAGUGGAUGAUGGGGAUUCAUAUGCCCACUUUUUGAGAAAGAGGAAGCCGAUGGAUAAGCGAGCCGAGGGUGAGGAUGGAGGAUUGGAUGGCAGGGUGGUGGAGAAUGGUGAGGCUAUGGAAGAGAGUGGUGGUGAUGGUGGUGAUGGUGCUGGUGAUGGCAGGGUGGGGUGGAGUAAUGGGGAGGAUAUUGCAUUGCUUAAUGCAUUGAAGACGUUUCCUAAAGAGGUGACGAUGAGGUGGGAAAAGAUUGCGGCUGCUGUGCCGGGGAAGUCGAAGGCGGCUUGUAUGAAGAGAGUUGCUGAGUUGAAGAAGGGUUUUCGGAGUGCAAAGGCUGCUACUGAGACCUAGAUGAAGAAUUGGAAAGUUUUCUGCAGUUUUUGUGGAUUUGGGGAUAAAUGUUGCAAUGUGGAGGCAAUAGGUUAGUUGGUACUUUAUUUAUGGAUUGGUUUUAUUUGUUCUCUUUCUUAUGAUAUUGAGAUUAAUGCCCUUGUUUUGAUUCUGUGUUCAAGAAAUGUUUUUAUUUAUUGUUUGUUUAUUUGAGAUCGUAUGGUAAUAAGAAUGAAUUCAGCUGCUUAAGUGCUUUUCAGAAGUUGAUGAGUU